GCGGCGCCAGCCAUGUCAGAGUCAGCAGAGAAACCCGCUGAAGACGGUGUACAACCACUACAACCACAAACCACCAGUGCUACUUCAGCACCGUCUGAUCGCAUCGAACUCAUAUCCCGCGCCCGCACGUUCCUGAGCGCUCCCGAGAUACGAUCUCAAGACUUGGAUGCGAAGGCUACCUUCCUCUCAGAAAAGGGCCUUACAAGCAGCGAGAUCGACCGUCUGCUGCGCGAGCUGCCUCCACCAAUCCCACCGCGGACAUAUCCUCCUUCCCCACCUUCCGCGCUACCCAGCCUACUCUUAGGCGUCGCAAGGGUGUUUACAUGGAUAACUGGAAGCUCUGCAAUCGUUUUUUUGAUUUACUACCGCUAUCUGCUCCCACGUCUCUCCAAAUCAUAUGAAGCGCGCUUGGCACUACGAAACCACCAGCUUUCCCUCCUCUUGCGCCUCAGAGACUCUGCAGAGCGACUCAAGUCAGAGCAAUCCCAAUCCUACAAGGAGUUCCCUCGUCUCUUCAAGUACCACGAAGAAGAACCAUUCGCAAGCUUUGAGACAUUGGACGAUGUGAUCGCACACGUGCAACUGUCACGAUCGAGCACACCGAGAGGCGAGGUGCCAGAAUUGACGAUCCUUCGGUGCGGACUGACUGAAUUAGCCCGGUCAAAAAACGGAGGCAGAGGUGGCAAUAAUAGCCAUGAUUCACUUUCGGUGUCAACGGAAGAACUCAUUUCCUACCUGGAAAGCAAGUUGCCGUGGAUCUCGGGGGAGCAAGAGCAGGGUGCCCAGCAUCAGGCUCUGCUGUGGAAAUUCUUGACUACGUGCCCAUUAUUCACAUCGUCACCGCCACCAUCAAGCGAGAGCUUAAGCGAUGCUAGAACUGUACCUCCACCUCCACACCCCUCCCACCUCCUCUGGAAAUACACACCUGCAACCCCACCACCUGUACCUCCUAUCAUUGCUAGCCUCUCCAAGCUCCGAUUAACUUUACCUCGCAAGCCGCAAUAUAAGUCCGACGCUAGCACUGUUCCAUUUAUGUCAGCAUCACAGACGACGCUCCCUACCCCGUUCCAACGAACCCUUCAAGUUCUAUCGGACUUCACGGGCUACAUAACAACCCAAACGUACUCCCUUGGUAUGUUGUCCUCUACAGCGCCAUCAUCGGUUAUCCGGGGAACAGCGGCUGCGGGUGAUUCAGUGCAAGAGGAUGAGAUACGUCGCGAAAUUCGGGCCCUGAAAGGCUUGGUGUUGAACAGGAGAUCAUUCCUGCCUACCAGUAAUGGAAACGGUACUGGGACUCUUCCAGGGGGAAAUUAGGACGGCCUUCCAGCGAGUCAAGGAGGGUGGCCGCAACCAGAUAUUGUAUCUACAUGAACCCAUCUUGGCAAGUUGCUCACAGCAGAUGACGAAAUAAUAGAAAUAAAU